AUGGAACAAGAUCAAUCAGAUAACAACGCCAACGGUAACAAGGGGGAAGCUACCAAGCAUGCCGUUGAGAAGAAGAAGCGUAGACCUACGCACAUUCUCAAAGCAGCAUCCUUCGCGCUCCGCCGCUCCAAGAAAUCGAAACCGAUUCAUGUUGAGGCCGUGGAGUCCAAGGGCAUGUGGCGGCGCCUCGUCGGCUCGAUGCUCCCUUUGCACGGCAACCAAUUACCAUCCCUACAAACAAGCGAAUGCUCGGACGAUACGGCUCAGUCUACGGUGUCGCAGUCGGGGGCGAGCUCCUCCUCGUGUUCUGAAGCCAGUGUGAGCCGAUACGCGUCCGCGGCUAACCUUGCGGAGCUUGACCGGAGCGAGGACGACGAUGAUGACGAUCAUGAGGCCUACCGCGAUUGCAGUGGCGGGGACGAGAUGAUCGACGUGAAGGCUGACGUGUUCAUUGCUCGGUUCUAUGAACAAAUGAAGCUCCAGCGCAUGGACUCGGUUGAUCGUCGCUACCAUGAGAUGAAUAAGAGGUCGAUAGGUUGAAGGGUAU